CCCUCCGGAAAAAAAAGCUGCCAGCCACCGAACGACGGAGAGCAGCAGCAGCUCCGCUCCGCCACUGAUCAGCACCCCACUCGGGGAGACGAGAGAGGGGCGCACGGGGGAGAGGCAGCGCCGGCAGCCUGUGGUCAUCAGCCUUUGGGAGGGGGGGUUGGCGGGCGUCCCUGUGCAGAUUCAGCGACCAACUCCCCCCGACAGACACAUCCAUACAAAAAAAGAUAUUCCAUACAUAACAUGCAUUAUAUUGUAUAGAAAAGAAGCUACACGCAUUAAGUUACUCUCACGCGCGCACACACAUAAACACACACCCCGAGAUCGGGGACGAGCCUCCAGCCAGCACCCACCCCCCGCCCCCUCAACCCCCUCCCCGCAGCACCUCUCACACACCUGAAGAAAAGUCAACUUGAAACUCUCACAGCAUGCCGCGGAGGAAGCAGCAAGCACCGAAGCGGGCAGCAGUGUAUGUCCCUGAAGAAGAUUUAAAGACGGGAGAACUGAGAGAGGGAGAAGAUGCCAGCCCUUCUGUUGAGGAAUUACAAGGCAAUGGUUACAUGUGCACGGAAGAAGAGGAAGAGGAAGAGGAGGACAGUAAAGGCAGCUACAGCUACCAGAAUUCUCCAGUUAGUGCAAUGUCCAACCAGGAUGUAGAGUGUGAUUCACACAUAAGUGAUACCAGUGACCGAUUGGCUGAUUUUAAAAGUAUUUCUUCCCGAGAUGGGCAAGAAAAGGAGGAGGAAUCAAAUGGAGAGACAAAGAGUGACCAGCAGAACAGUUUAGGAGCAAUGAGAGCUGUUUAUGCCAGCUUUUUGUCUGAUUCGUAUUGGUCGAGUCUAGGCUUUGACCUCAAGCAGUCAAAGGCAGAAAGGACAAGCUGCAAAAGCAGCAACGAAAGCACCAAAAGUAGCUUUGAUUGGCAUCAAGAUGCAUUAUCCAAAACAUUUCAGCAGUCAUCUUCUGGCAGACCAGUGCCUAAGCCAAAUCUUUUCAGUUCAGUGCAGUUGUACAGACAAAAUAACAAAUUGUUUGGGACUGUCUUCACAGGUGCCAGUAGGUUUCGUUGCCGAGAAUGUAGUGCAGCAUAUGACACUUUGGUAGAACUAACUGUGCACAUGAAUGAUACAGGUCAUUACCAAGAUGAUAACCACAAAAAAAACUUGGACCCAAACAACAGUUGGACAAAGUCACGAAAACGGGCUUUGCAGGAAAUGGAUGGUAUGCAUGAUGCCCAGAAAGUUUUAAAGUGCAUGUACUGUGGUUAUUCCUUUGAUUCCCUUCAAGACUUGAGUGUUCAUAUGAUUAAAACAAAACAUUACCAGAAAGUGCCUCUGAAGGAACCAAUGCCACCCAUUGGAUCAAAGUUAGUCCCUCCCACUAAAAAACGGGCCCAUCAUGAAGUCAACCAGCCUUGUUCACCAGAUUCAACAACUGGAGUUGCAGGGACAUUCACGGGUGAAGCACAAAAGAACUCAAACCCCUAUGUGUCAUCGAACAAUCGGUAUGGUUAUCAAAACGGUGCCAGCUAUACUUGGCAAUUUGAAGCCUGUAAGUCUCAGAUUCUGAAGUGUAUGGAAUGUGGAAGCUCUCACGAUACACUACAGCAGCUCACUGCUCACAUGAUGGUGACGGGGCAUUUUCUUAAGGUCACAAAUUCUGCAUCAAAAAAGGGAAAACAGAUUGUUUUUGAUCCUUUGGCUGUGGACAAAGCACAGUCUGUCACAGAAGCACCAUCAAGUGAAAUCCAACCUCUGGCACCAGUCAGCAAAUUGCCUCCAGAUUCUUUAACUCCACCAACAGCUGAGGAUAACAAAAAUGAAGAAGAAAAGCAAGAGACACCAGAGGAAAUGGAGAAACCACCUAAAGAUAAAGAUGAUUGCAAAGGUGACAACCCAGAAAAGAUAUUUGGCUCCACACUUCAAUACCAAUACAUAAGAGAAGAAGAUCUGGAGGAGAGCUCAAAGGGAGGUGGUGAUAUUCUUAAAUCACUUGAAAACACUGUUACUUCAGCCAUUAACAAGGCCCAAACAGGGAGCCCAAGCUGGAGUGCAUAUCCCAGCAUCCAUGCUGCCUAUCAGCUUCCAGGGAUUAUUAAACCUGUGCAGCUUGGUACUCAAAUAAUGCAAGUUAAGCCAAACCUGAAGCCAAUAGCUCCAAAAGUCAGGUAUUUCUCUGUAAUUACAAGCAGCCAAAACCAAGGCAUUCCGUCCAACAGUGACCAAAUCAAGGAAGAGCCAGUUAGCCCAGUUCAUGACCAGAUUUUAUCCAAGCUGGAAGAAAACAGUAUUGAGAAAAGCGAUCCAAAGUUAAAUCUUCAGUCCACCCUAACUUUGCCAUGUAAAACGGAAAGUGAGAGUCCAAUAAAAACAGAGACUGUCAGUGAUCUCCCAAAGGCAGACUCACCAUGUUUGAAGGAUGCUGAAGAAAUGAAGCAAAACUUCAAGAACGAGCCUACAAAAAGUGAUAAAGGAUCUCCCAAUUUUUCAUUAACCAAUGGAUGUUCUGGACUGUCUGUCAUCACAGAUCAUCCAUCUGAACACCUUUCUGUCAGCCCACUUAGUGCAUUGCAAUCGAUAAUGAAUACUCAUCUUGGCAAAGCUGCCAAGCCCCUUAACUCAAAUGUAGACCCUGUAACUAUGCUUUGUAGACUAAAUAAAAGCUUGUUGGAGAAAUCAGCUUCACCGCCAAGUUUAAUAAAGUCAUCUAAUGUCGCUGAUAGUUACUACUAUGAAAGCAGUGAUCAGCCAAUAGAUCUCACCAAGUCGAAGAGCGGCACAACCAUCCAAACAAACCCUGUCAAACCUUUUACUUCAUUACCUUCCAAACAUGCUUUAUCUGAUAUUGCUGAUAUGGUAAAGGUCCUCCCAAAGGGUACAACACCAAAACCUUCUACCUCAUCAAAGAUGACAACAGAAAGGUUAGAGACUGAUGUGAGGAGCUUUGAAGAUGUGUCAAUGGAAUUUUUACCUGUUCAGAAAAGGAAAGGAAGGCAGUCAAACUGGAAUCCCCAACACCUUCUUAUCUUGCAGGCCCAAUUUGCUGCAAGUCUGUGGCAGACAGGAGAAGGCAAGUAUUUAUUAUCUGAUCUAGGUCCACAAGACCGUAUGCAUAUUUCAAAGUUUACUGGACUCACUAUGACUACCAUAAGUCACUGGCUUGCCAAUGUAAAGUAUCAAUUGAGAAAGACAGGUGGAACAAAAUUCCUUAAGAAUUUAGACACAGGGCAUCCAAUUUUCUACUGCAAUGAUUGUGCCUCCCAGUUUAGGACUCCUUCCACAUACAUUGGUCAUUUGGAAUCCCACUUGGGCUUCACCAUGAAAGAUAUGGCAAAAAUUUCUGUACAGCAUGCAAGAGGGGAGCAAGAAGUGUCUAAAGUAGCAUCUGAGAAGUCAACAGGACCAGCUGCAGCAGAUGAAGACAUAGGCAGCAAGUUCCAGUGUAAUCUGUGCAAUCGAACUUUUGCUAGCAAGCAUGCAGUAAAACUGCAUCUCAGCAAAACACAUGGGAAGUCACCAGAGAAUCAUUCGCAGUAUGUAACUGAACUAGAGGAAGAAUAGCAUCUCAAGAUACCCAAGGCAAACAGUUUAUUUCAAGCUCUAUCACGCAAGAGAUUACAUGAUGGACAGUAAAAAUGAUUUGAAGCAAGCUUUCAUCAACUCCAAGGGGCUACUUAAGAAGAUACUUAUGAAGAUGGACUUCCUUUUACAUGUUUGCACUUUAUCCUAUUUUAAACACUUCGAACUACAUCAUUUGUAUGAAAAGUGCUUUAUAAAUAAGUUAUUAAUAAAACGGAGCAUUUUUUGUAAAAGAGGCCUUUCCACCAUGAUGCAAUGAUUGGUGUUCAUGAAAGGAACUUUGUGUAGAAAGAAAUUUAAUUCCCAAAGUGAUGGAUCCUUUUUCACUCAUUCAAGAUCAUAAUAAUGAGAAGAAUGAAACUAUUAGAACUGUGAUAAGCAUCAACCAUUGAGCAAAUUGGGAUGAGCUUUCGGCUAUGAGGUGGAGAGUUCAACACAAAAUUUCAAAGUUGAAAGCUUAGAGUGAAUUUGUUAUCUAAGUAUGUAUAUUGCAUGUCACCAGAUACUAACCUGAGAUUCAUUUUCUUGCAGACAUUCACAGUAGAAUAAAGAAAUACAAUAGUAUCAGUGAAAAACUACACCAAAAAGGCUGUGCAAAAGAAGACAAAUAGUGUGCAAAUACAAAAAAAAAGUAAAUAACUAAUACUUAAAACAUGAGUUGUAAAUUUGAAGCUAAUAAUGCAAGGGUGCUGAGAACUCCGAGAAUAAUAUAGUGAGAAGUGACCCACUUGCCCUGCAUCAAUUCAGUGCAUCAAAUCUGACUGUGAGUGCACGCUCACAGAAAGCUGCUAAAAUCUGUGUGUGGUCUGACUGCAGUAAGACCAAAUCGAGCCACACUUGCUGCCAUUUGGAAUCACAACACUGCAUGCCACACAUGUCAGCUCAGCAUGUUUUACCUUAGAUAUAUCAAAAUAUUCAGAAUCAUGGAAGCACUGCAACACCUUUUCUAAACAGACUGCAAGUUUAUCCACUUGAAAUCAACCCUAUUUUUUGACUAGAUCUCCAAAGUCCCAACAGCCUGUCUUCGUCCAUGGUUACUUUUGCUAUUCUGUAAAACUUAUGAAGAUCAAUUAUGGUACUCUGCUUUUGAGCAAGUCCCUGCCUGCAGUACAGCAGUGAUAAUCAGUGCAAAGUCCUCACAAAAACCAUAGAGAAACAACAUCACUUCUUGUACUAUUCCAUCAGUUUGCAUCUGAAAUCAGGAUAACAAUCCCUCUUGGUGCUUACUAUUCUCCAUCAACUUUAUGUCCUUUGUCUCUACUUGUACCUCCUUAUUUUUUGGUAUUAUUUUACCCGAUACCUCUUUCUGAAAAUCACUGUUUGUGGUCUGCAAGUUCUUGGGACUAGUAGAAUGCCCAACGUGCCUGCUGUCUUUCUAAGAAACAGUGGUGUAUCUGUGUUAUUGUCCUCUUGUUUUCAGAGCAAAGGUGAGAAUUGCAUCCUCAGUCAAUAUCUUUAAAGAUUGCUAGGGCAAAACACUCUCCAUGUACUAUAACUGCUUACGUACUGUGGCCAGAGGUAGAGAAACAUGGGACAUGGUGUAUAAUAUUAAGAACACAGAAACAAAAUUACUGGAAGAUGGAAUCAUAAGUCUAAAUUCAGCCUCAGUGAAACAUUGCAAUUUUCUCAACUACUGUACUUUCACCAUUACCUGUAGACAUUCCUGUGAAGUUUUUUUUUGGCAAUGCAAGAUAAAGUGGCUCUUUUUUGACAUGUAUUGACCCUGCAAAGGAAGCGAACUAGCCAUGUUUUCCCAUAAAUCGUGAAAUCUUUGCAGAUUUUAUUUAUAUCGGGAGUCCAGAUAACUAAGGAACAAAUACUUACUUCAUCAAAUUCAGUCCAGUCCACUGGUAGUCCCAACGCAUUUCUAUUCUGCCUGCUUGCCCUCUUCUACUUUUCAUAGAAUCACAGAAUUGAAGCUUGUAUUCAUUGUAGGUUUCUUUCUGAUUAUAUCAUUGCAGUGCUGUGUGACAAACAAGUCAUCAGCUUUAUCAUAGUAUUCAGCCAUCUUUCUCCAAAUACAGUGGGAUAUGAGAUUGAAUCAUUCCAAGCCAACACUAACCAGUCACUUGGCUGACAUUAUUUCUUGUAUUCAAUUUUUCCUCAACUUGAUAUAACCUUAUCUUCCUUAAUAAGUUCCGAUUUGCUUCCUAAUCCCUUUCAUCUUCUAAACCACUUUGCAGUCCGAAAAUUGUUGUCAUCAUUUCUCAUUGUGUUUGGCCGAGUGAAUUCAAAACAUCCCUGCAACUUUUGCUUUAUCCUUUAGUGUAUUGUUAAUAUUAAAACCUACUAAUGGCACAGCAGAGGAAUCAAAUUAUGCACAUAAAUAUGCUUGCGUAGCAGGAAUAAAACUGAAGUUAGUGACAAUGAUGCCAGUUUGCAUUUGCAAAUCUACCAUCAAUCUGUCAUUAAAUAUGUUAUCAGAGGAUGCUAAGUGUAUGGUCCUUGCUUGCGUUGCUGCUUAUUCAUGAUGCUGAUGUGCAGUAAUGGGGCAGUGUACAUUAACAUAUUCUUGGUUGGAUGAACACAAAACAUUCCUAGAAGCUUCUGCCUUGAUUCCCCCUGUGACCAAAUAGCAAGUGUGGGAUAUCCUUAAAUUGCCAGAAAAAGAGCAAAAAACGCAUUACUUUUAAUUAAUAGUCCCAUCGUUUAUUUAUUAGUUGUAUCCUGCAAUCCUGAUAAUUUAAAUGAUACAUAAACCACAGAACAUUUGAUUUAUUAACUCUUUGAGCACUAGAAUUACAGUUUUGUUCAGCAGCUGUAGUGUUUAUUCAAUAUUUUUUAAAUGCAAAAGCUGAUGAAUAAUUUAGAAGUUGGAAUACAAAUUCACAUCUCUUCAUUAAGUUCAUUAAUCCUGAUAAUAACAUUUACUGUCACAACAGCAUCUGGGUUAAGCCACACCUUUUCCAAUUGAAAUUCCACAAGAAUAAAUGAAUUUAGGCCCUGAAGAUAAUAUUAUAAAUUAAGAAAAUUGUAUGCUAGACUAAGAUGAUAUGGUGCUGCAAGGCUCAAUUUAAGAUGCUUAUCAAAAAGCACAUAGUAACAGGUCCUAUGUUGCUCACCCCAGGCUCUGUCAUACUGAAGCAGGUAUUUCAGGUAAAUUUAGUCUGGAAGUUGUCAUCAACACUGAUAAAGAAAUUACUGAUCUUCCUUACAGCUCACACAAUACCUAGAGUUGCAAUUAAUUGUAUUAAACAUCUUUUUCCCUGUAUUUGUAAUGUACUUGGGGAUUUGAGAAAAAUCAGCGAGAUUAUCUGUGGAAAAUUAAGCCAUCACUUGCAAUUUAUGUCAGCAGUAUUUUAUCCCAAUAAUUAGGUUGGGAAAUUUUAAAUGGAGUAAUUUGAAGAAUAGCUGUAAUUGAAGUGAAUGGUGGGUAUCUGGUUUAGUUGUGUUAUUUCAUUCUACUGCAGUAAUCGAAUUGUUGUUGGGAUCUUGAUGUUUGGUAACUUGCAUCAUAUUUGUCCAAAAUAGUUACACAACUUCAAAUUAGCUCAUAGUAUGUGAUAUUUCUCUAUGGUAACUAUUGUUUCAUUGCACACACGUAGUUCUAGCUAAUACAGAGAUGCAGGAUCCCACUUUAAUGCAAGAUUAGAACUAUAACAUUUCCAGGAGGGUCCCCUCCCCGUGCAUUGUGCUCUUCUUGUCUCCUUUAAUAUGUUUAUCAUCUUCAAAACUGCUUCAUAAUUAUAUAAUUUUAAGAUUGCUGAAUGCUAAUAAUUCAUAAAAUAUUUGACAUCUAAACAGCAAAUCAAAUAACAAUUAUCUUGUAAAUUACUGGAUGUCAUUAAAUCCAAAAAGUUAACAGAAUUUAACAGAUAUUAUUUUCCAAAGAUGUGAAAUACUUCUGAGUUUAAACCUAUUCUGGUCAUAAGAAAUAGGCUUUAUAUAUAAAAAAGGAGAAAAUGCUAGAAAUACUUAGCAGAUCAAGCAGUAUCAACAGAGGGUUAUCAUUCUAUCAGAACAUGGUUUCCAGAAGUUCUGUUUUUAUAUUGGAAUCUAUAACAAAGAAAUAAAUAUUAAUACAUUUAAAAAUAAUACAGAAAAUAUUUGAGCACAGUCAUCAUAAAAUUUGUGCAAGAAAAAUCAUGUUUGAUGAAUCCACUGGAGUUACUUAAGCUUAUAUUUUGUUGAGUAGAUGAUGGUGAACUAGUGAAUAUGGUUUAUCUGGAGUAUUGUGUUCAUUUUUGGUCUCUUUACAUAUGCAUGCUAUGGCAGGUAUGUUUCAAACAUUUAAUACACUCUGAAGGCAUCUGCUACUCAAUUUCCCUUCAUUAUUUUUAAAAAUGAGUUUUCAAGUAGACAGAGAGAAGUACUUCCUAUUAGCAGUGGACUCAAAGACCAGGGAAUAGAAGAAAGGCAAAUUUCAUAGAUAAUUUAUAAAGUUUUUUUUUACGCAGAAUGUGGGGAUGAUCUGUGUGACAAGUGGAAAUAAAACCAAAUGGGCCUUUCCAAAGGGAAUUGCAAAGAUACUUGUGGAAAAGAUUUUUUUUAUGGUGAAGAUCGGGGGAAUGAAAAUGAACAGAUCGUUCUUUUGGAAGACUGCAUGGACUAAGUAGACAAAAUGGUUUCAUCUUCAGAGUAUGUUUCCUAUAUACAACGUUGAGAGUCAACUUCUUGCAGCUACUCAAAACAAAGAAACAGUAAAAUUCACAAAACAACACAAACACGCGAGAAAUACCGCUGCAUCUAUAAUGUGCAAAGGAAGACAAAUAUUGCAAAUAGUAAAAAAAAGUAAACAAAUAACAUGGAAUAUGAACUGCUCAGUCCCUGUAAGUAAAUCGAUCCACAAUUACAGAGCCAGUUCAGUGCUGAGGUGAGUAAAGCCCAUCCAGGACCCCAGUGGCUGUAGAGCAACCACUGCCCCUGAGUCUGGCAGCGUAGGACCCAAGACUCCUGUAUAUCCUGCCCAAAGGUAGUAGCAGGAUAAAAGAGAGUCCAGACAAAUGCUGAACGCCUGCUCUUUUUCCGCUCUCAGCCUCAACUAUUUUAAUCUUGCUCGAUGCUUCAAUCAGCAUUUAGUAAUGGAGCCGGGCAUGAGUUUAGCUUCCACUGUCAGGCCUUGAUGCAGUGAAUUAUAUCUAUUAGUUUGUCUAUUAGUUUUUUGAGCCGUAUGAAAAAUGUCACCAUUGGUCAUCAGUGCCAUCUUGCAAAGCUUAUGAUUUUAUGAUUAUUUCAGUUUUCUAUCAUUUGCCCUACAGUCUCUGUGAAGAAAUGUAAUCUCUCAUUUUAAUAAACA